UAUGUGUUAAGUUCAGAGGGAGGAAUACAGAUAGGAAGAAAUGUUGGCAGUCUGUUCAGAGGGAGAGCAACAUGUUGCGCACUUCUGAAAAGUCUUCAGCAUUUUCAGUUGCCAUUGAUGCAUUGUCACAGAGGCUUUUUUCAUUUUUCUUGUUUUGACUCCUGGAAUGAAAUUUAUAAUCCUCCAGUUGUGCAAGCAAGGUGUUAAUCCUGGACUACAAUAAAUCAACCCAACUGCAAGAGGACUAAAGGAGGUCUGGUGUGAAACCUGAACAUUACCGGCUAUUUGGCUGUUUUACUUUUUCUGGACAGGAUGUCGAGGUACUUCACACUGUGGGUGUCUUUGCUGGUACUGUCACCCUUUCUGCUGGAUGCAAAUGCAAUUGAAUGUUCAGAGAAGGAAACGCUGCUGAAUCCAAUCACUAGGACGGUGACGCAGCUGUCAGACUGUUUAAUGGAGUGCACUGGGAUGAUGUACAUCAGAAAACUGCAACUGCAGGAUAAUCAUAAUAUCAGGCUCACAGAUUCUAUUGAAGGUAAGGAGACUCUUAGCUUUAAAAUACUGAAAAAUCAUGCACCUUAAAUGAGUAAUUCUAUGUGAAUCUGUCUCUGCUUGUGUGACAGGGAACUUGUAAAUCUUAAGAAAGUAUCUGCAGUGAAAGAGCCUUCAUAAAACACUCUCUUUCUCCCAGGGGACCUCGGGGAGUAUUGUUGGUCCACAGAGCUGAAGUGCACUGUGGGGGAGAGCUUCCAGCGUGCAUAUGUGGUGCUGCCUGUAGAUACAUCUGCAGUCAGACAUGAAAACCUGGAAGUCAAAACCACCAGCCCCACAGCCACCCCACUACAUGCGCACAGCAAUCCCACCACUGUGGCAGAGAGCUGUGGCCUCCGCUACGACGUGACACAGCACUUCAGCGGAGCAACAGAGGGGACUUCAUUUUGUGUGCAAGUAGGGACCCUGCAGGAUGUCCUGGGGGACAAAGUUCUGAAAUGUCCCCCCUUUUUGGUCACCUUCUGGCAGAGGUCUCCGAAUCAGUUCAUCCAAGGAGGUGUGAGAUAAAACCUCAACAGUAGGAACGAUGGAAAAGGUUCUCAUAUCUUUUACUACAGAUGUGUUUAUAGUAACAUUCCACCAUUGUUAAACCUGUAAGUGCAGAGUAGAGAAGCAUUAAGCAUGUUUAAUUUACACAAUAUAGUAUUAAUUCUUAUUUUCAAACAUUUUUCUUCCAUAUCCCAUCUAAAGAUUGUACAGAUAUAAAAUCAGCUUGAGUACUGAGAGUGGUGAUGACAACAUUAAAACCUUUUACUGUCAUUUUUAGUGACAUUUUUUAUGUAUAUGUUUAACUCCUAGACUGUAUUAGGCGAUUUAAAACUCCCCUUAGUGACUGGCUGAGGUAAAGGUCAUAAAGCGCGCCUCCCCAUGAAAACAAAUUGGAUAUGGGUCAUACUAACAUGCAAAUGUUCAUUUUGCACAGAGAAUUUUAAUUUUGACAAGAUGUGAAAAUGUUGGGAUGUGUUAUGAUGAUUGACAGCUCUGUUGACGAAAAAAGAGAACAAAAAGAAUGGUGACAGACAAAAUAUGAACAUCAACUUUUAACAUUUUCUGCUGCAUGUGUCGACACAAUCUCAGCUCUCGUGUUUGAUGGUGGCAUGCUGUCAAUAUUUAUAUACAGUCAUAUCUAUACACAGGUUUUGCUAUUCAAAAGUAUUAAAUAUACGACUAUAUUACUGAAAGUUGAAAAUUACACUCUUGAAGGUGUGUACACAGAUUUGCGUUGUCAGAGGACUUUAUGUAUGUUACAAAUAUAGAGAGAGGAGUUUGUGAGCAGUGUACAGUCUUCUUUGUGUGUCUGUCUUGUUAUAGUUCUCAUAUGUAGUGUGGUAGUGUUGAAGCACUCAGCUGCUUUAGUUAUCCGUUAAUGUGAAGCUCCAGUCAUUGCUCAUACACAAAUUUCAUCUGUCUAAGCUCUGUUCUGCUGUGUGUAAAAAAAGAGUGCCACCUGCUGGUCAAGACUCAAACUGAAAGACUGGCCGGAUUGUAGUUUUUAUAGUGCAAAGCCUCUGGGUGGCACACUUGUAAUGUGUUUUUGUUGAAACUUCUUUCCUAAUGUGUGAUUUGUAAAGUGCAAAUAGAGUGUAGACAUCAAAUGAGAUAUUUGUUUUUCUAAUUUCCACGGCACUGUACACAACAGAAACUGCUGCGAAAGACUGACAAUUUAAAAUUCUUUAUAUACCCUACAAACCAUGCUAAUUUAGACUUUAAAAGGAUGCAUUUUUAAUGCAAAUUGGUCAUUUGACUUCAUGAAUGCUGCAUUUCAGGUGAAUUCAAACUUAUGUGCUCUGAAUCAGAUUUUUUAAAUGUAUCUUUCCUUUUUCUUUUUUUUUGUUUGUUUGUUUUUUUUUAACAAGCAAGGCUCCUAAUUUGCAUUCAUGUUAGGUCUUUGUAAGAAUUAUUCAUAAAACUUAUGAAUUCAAGCAUACAGGAGAGUGUGUGUACUCAAAGAUUAAAUGGAUUAGACACGUUUUUACAUGUUUUGAUUAAAAAAACACCUUGAAAAAGUCA